AUCGCUCUGGGCGGACCGGUUCCUCUCGCUCUCCCCUGCCCCAGGAUCGUUAUGUGCCUACAACGCCCCUGCCGGCGAUAUCUCACCCCACUCACCCACACCCGGCCAGGGCCUUCCUGUGAAGCUCGACCGUUAGCUAUAAGCUAGUGCUAGAAGGGUCUGUCACGGAACCUGAAAGUCAUCACUUCCAGCUAGACUGCCUGGCCAGUGAACUCCAAAGAUACACCUGUCUCUCCCUUCCCGUUGCUGGAAUUACAGAGAGUAUUUGCUGACUUCCUGUCCUGGAACACCACCUGGGUGACAUACAGUGAGUGAGUAAGAAGGAAGUUGCUGUAUAGUGACAAGAAAAGAAGCUCACAAACUGAAGGGAGAGAAAACACCCCGGAAGCUUUACCACUUGUUUAACAGAAGAACAUAUCCCGGGAGCUGUUUGGCAGAUUUUCUGUUGUCAGAUGAAAUUCACAUCCCAGGCUUAUUGUGAAAACUGAGGGUAACCUGAUCGUGAAUAGUUCCAUAGACUUACUCAGUAAAUGUUCAUUGCCUUCCACUGUUAAGAGCUGUGAAGAUGGCUGACAGAAGACAAAUCAUUGCCAGGGCCUCCCUGAUUGAGCAGCUGUUGUCCAAAAGGUAUUUUGAGGAUAUUGCCAAAGAGCUUACUGAGCUAGAAAUUAUUUAUGUGUCUAAGGAGCAUCUCCAGGAGACAGAUAUAGUCAGAGCUGUAUACAGAGUCCUCAAAAACUGUCCUUCAGUGACUUUGAAAAAGAAAGCCAAGUGUCUACUGGCCAAGUGGAGAGCUUUGUAUAAGAGUACACAAUUCAAAACAAAGGAAAACCUUAAAUUACUCCAUUCUAAUGUUAAUAAAGAAGAAAGUGCAGCCAUUUCUCAGAAUGUGAGCCAAGAUGAGGAAUUAGGUUCUAGCCAGGAUGAGAUAUCAGGUCUUUGCAGGUCUCUCUCUAGGCUUGUAUCCCAAGAUGCUGCAAAGCCUGCUGCAGCAAUUGGGGCUGAAAGUAGCAUCACUGAUAUGGAAAUUAAUGAAGACUAUUUGGGGGGUGGUGACUCUAAAUUCACUAGCAAGAGCUCAAGUGCGUUACAAGAUCCCCUAGUGUCUGUUAGAUCUAAAGGUAUAGAGCUUCUUUACUCAGCAUUAGCUAGUUCUUCUACACAUUACACAAAAACGCAUUUGUGGCAGAAGUUUGCAAGAGAAAUUGAAGAGCACAUUUUUACCCUUCAUUCAAACAACAUCAAAAAAUAUAAAAUUUGUAUUCGAAGCAAGGUUGCUAAUUUGAACAACCCCAAGAAUUCUCAUUUACAACAAAACUUGCUCUCUGGAACCAUGUCUGCAAGAGAAUUUGCCGAAAUGACUGUCCUGGACAUGGCAAACCAGGAACUGAAGCAGUUGAGAGCCUCCUACACAGAAUCCAGUAUUCAGGAACAUCACCUUCCCCAAACAGUUGAAGGCACACAGACAAGUAAAAUAAAGUGCAAGCGCUGUGAGAAAUACAACUGCAAGGUGACUGUAAUUGCCCGAGGAACACUUUUCCUUCCAGGUUGGGAGCAGAAUUCCAAUCCUGAUGAACAAAUGACCUAUGUCAUUUGUAAUGAAUGUGGGGAGCAGUGGUAUGAUAGCAACUGGGUGUGCUUGUAAUGUGUAAAUAAUCCCUCCAGGGGCAUGUGUUUUCUGUGUGUAACAGAACCCCUUUUGUGCUUAUUUUUUUACAGAAUCUUAUUGCUAUUUUGUUUUGGGGAUUUUGGUAUGUGAAAGAUCUUAACUAUUUAGCCAAAGUUAGCCUCAGUCUCCUGAGUGCUCGAAUUUCAGAUGUACACUACCACACCUGGCUUAGUAUACUGUUCUUACUGCAGUCCUGGGAAUAAGGAAGAGAGUUGUUUGCCAAAGUGCAGACCACCGUUGCUAAAGGUUGUUUGGGAAGAGUAGAGGACUAUCACGUUGUACUUUGUGGCCAUUUAGUAUUUUACUCAGAGUAGCGCAGUAGCUUCACACAGCCUGAGAGCAUGUUAGAGAGGCAGACUCUCUGGACUAAUAAUACUCUGUGAGUCCUGAUCUGCAUCUUGGCAGAAUGCCCAGGUCAUCCUCUGAUAGAUUUGCAGGCCUGUGGGUCUCAGGAAUGACUGACUAUACAUUAGAGUUUUCUGGGGAGAAUUGAAGUGUACUGGUGCCGAGGGUCAAGCCUAGAAUAAUUUAGUCUGAACCUAUGGCAUGGGACCCAGGCAUCAACAUUGUUCUGGUCAUUUCUUUGUUUGCUUUAAGUUGUCGUUAGAGUUGAGUAUACCUGUAAAUAAUCUCUCAUUUGAGUCUUUCUAUAGUUCUGAAGAAAUUAAUGUUAUUCUGGAGACUUUACAGCUGAGGAAAGAGGCCCAGAGAUCUUCAUUGACUUAACCAGGUUACAGAACAGUAGGUAGUCUGCCUCACACUGAUCCCAAUUUUUCCAGCUUCCUUCUGAAGCAAGUGUGAUGGCAUAUGUCUGUAAUUCAGAUGUUAGGGAGGAUGAGGCAGGAAGGUUUAUGCGAGUUCAGGGCCAGUUUAGAUUAUAAAGUCCCUGUCUCAAAAAAGAUAGUAAAAGUACAUUGUGGUGCUUUCAAGUCCAUAUUCCUAGCAUUGGGGAUGCUGACACAGACUUCCAUGGAUGGAGCCAGCCUGGGUUAUGUUGGAAAACAAUCCCAAAACAAAAUAUUCACAGUCUGAGUACAACUUCCUAUUGCCUUUACAAAAAGUGUACUCCUGGAAAUGGGUGCUAAGAAAAUAGUGUUUGGGGCCUCUUAAAUUUACUAAAUAGAGUUUUAUCCUUUUGUCCUUGAUUUUCUCAUAGUUUCUUGAUGUCAGAAAUCUUCAUGUCUUCAAAGGCAUGUGUGUUAAAAUCCUGCUUCUAUGAAAACUGCAUUAGGUGUCAGGAAGUACAUUCCCUCAGCCUUUGAAUUUAUCAACAUUUAUUUACCUACUAACUAAAGUGGAAAUCACUUCUCUAAGGCCUUUGCAAACAGUGUUUACUGAUUUGUAUGCUUAAACACAACAAGCCUCUUAUGUGAUUAUGACUAAUUUGUUCCUUAAAAAUGGUACCAUGUUAUUUGGGGUUUUGAUUCUUUAACAUGUAAAGCAAUUUUAUGCAUAAUGCACACAGAAACUUGGAUAAACAGUGUUUACUGAUUUGUAUGCUUAAAUACAACCAGCCUCUUAUGUGAUUGUGACUAAUUUGUUCCUUAAAAAUGAUACAAUGUUAUUUGGGGUUUUGAUUCCUUAACAUGUAAAGCAAUUUUAUGCAUAAUCCACACAAAAACUUGGAUAUGUACUCCCUUUACAGUUACCAUGUGGUUAGAUAUGCAUUUUUGUUGUUUCUUGACAGAGACAUGUGAGUAAUAUCUGUUCUUAUAAGCCUGACUCCACUCUGUAGCCUAAGCUAGGCUGGAACUCGCACUAACCUCAACCCAUGGAGUGCUGUAAUUUUGGGUGUAAGACACAAUUCAUUGAUUUUAUCAUAUUAAAGAGUUUAUUUCUUAGUUCCAUGUAAACUCACUUGUUUUCAUCAGCUAUAGUGCCCCAAGUCCCCAGUAUUCCUUCAGUAGAAUCUGUAGGGUUUUCUUUAUGUAUAUUUUACCUACAGUUCCCCCAGUGAGUGCAUAAAACUAGCCGACAUUUCUGUUUCCUAUGUUUUGAAGAAACCAGCUUGAGGCUGUCAAGUCUGAAUUACAUUUUGUUUUAUUUUUUCUAUUUUGCAUUCCAGUGGUGUUCAUUAUAAUGCAAUGUGUUAGUCCUUUAAACAGAAACUUACAAAGUCAUCAAAAACUCAAAAGUUUCACCAAUUGUGGUUUCAUGUGACUUGGAAUGAUCUUAAAACCUAAAUGGUAGUUGUGCAAGAGUACACACAGCACAUGAAAACCAUGUUUAAUUUGUUCGAGUCACUAUUGGUAUUUGUGUUUUCUAUGUAUCUGAAUAUGAGUACUAAUAUUGAGAUUUUGUAAUCUACAUUUACCAAAAAUAAAAGUACUUGAAAUGUAAAAAA